GGCUGGGCCAGUCAGGCCUGGGGCAGUGUUGCAGAGAGAGCAGUCCCAGUCAUCUCAGCUUCUCUCCGGGCAAGAGGAGGACUUUAUCUACACAGCAGGCAGACACACUGUCAGAGCUGGGAGCAGCUCACACACACAUCUAAAAAUGCACAAGGGUUGACAUGCACACACUCUUCAGCAUCUAACAAAGCAGCUGACCUUACAACAAAGCAGCACAAAAGGAAAGGAGACCGCAUUGAGUCAGAGGAAAACCCUGAGUAACUCCGCUGGACACAGUCCACAGGACAGGAGAUCAGGGACGAGUGAAGAUUACGCAGUACAGUUAGGACAAUUUCUUACAGACAGCAGAGGAGUGCAGACAGCGUAUGAGCCACUCUCGAUCAGGACUACAAGUCCAGUAAGAACCAGAGAAUGGAGACUUCACUGACAGACCCAUGGAUACAGAGUCCUGGAGAUGCUACUCUGUGUUGAUCUCUGCCUACGACUGGCUCUCCCUCAAGCAUCCUCACUGCAGCAUUCAAGAUAACCACAGUAUUCCUCCGCCAUGCCCCUAUUCAGCUGGAUGAAAUGGUUGCGUGCUGAAGGAGAACAGGCUCAAGAUGAGGGGACGUCUGCUAAGUCCACAGGGGUAUUACCCAGCUGCACAUUGAUCAGGGAGCUGCUGUGGCACGUGGAGGAGAGGGAGCGCCUGGCACGGGAGGUGGAGCGGGAACACAGGUUGGCCCACAACACCGUGGGAUACCCCCACUGGCUUCAGAGCUACCCAAGGUUACGUACGCUGAUCCCCGCAUCGGAGCGUCACCAGUUGGAGCGUUUGUGUGCCCAGAUCCAGCCCAUACAGACCGCCACGGUGCUCUCCAGGUUCCGAGAGGUACUGGCCAGCAACAACAUCCUGCCCUGGGAGCUGGUGUACGUCUUCAAGCAGGUGCUGAGAGACUUCCUCAACAAAGAGGAAGGGGAAGAAGAGGAGGAGCACCUGCCACAGCCAGCACUGCUUGGGCCAAUGGAGGAAUGGACCAACCGAUACCAAAUGAAGCAGGGCUUUGUCACACCCACCGUGCCGGACUGUGGUGAGCCCCUGAGAGAGGAGAUCCCAACCAUCUCUGGAUAUGUGGACCGUACUAUGAGAGGCUCUAGUCCUUUCACUGCCCAUAGGGACUGGGACCUUCCCUACUACUACCAUCACCCAGUGCCACACAAAUCCCCAGAGGCCUACAGCACCAUGCUGUGAGAGGAGACAGGGUGGUAAAGUAGUCCCCAACUCAUGACCAUGCUUACCUUCUAUCCUUGUUAUGUCAUGCCUGAAAGAGUUGUAAAUCCACCCCACCCCCCCAAAAUGUGCAUAAAAUUUUAGAUUUAUUCAUUUGAAUGUAUGAACUGCAACACAAUCUUGCACAGGACAAACACUUGGGGACAGAUUCAGACAUGCAACAAAGUAUACUGCUAUCUACCUGAACUAGGGGUGCAUCUCAAUACUAGCUACUACAAUAGGCUAGUCUACUAGCGAGCCUACUUCAUUUACACUGACAAGUCAACCCGUGCUUAGACAUUUUGGCAUCUGGCUACAGAGUACCAUGAGUCAUAAUGCCCAUAAAACAUACCGGUCAAACAAGGAAAUGUUCCUAUUGUUUUUCCACCAUUCAUUUUUCCCAUAGGGGAUUUUAGAAACACUUCAAAUAAGGGCUGUGUUUUGUGAAGUCUUAUUCUGGCAUAACAAUAAUCCAUCCACCUGACAGUUGUGGCAUAUCAAGAAACUGAUUAAACAGCAUGAUCACUACACAGGUGCCCCUUGUGUUGGGGACAAUAAAACAUCACUUUAAAACGUGCAGUCUUGUCACAACACCACAGAUAUCUGAAGUUUAGAGGGGGCGUGCAAAUUGGCAUGUUGACUGCAAGAUUUCCACCAGAGCUGUUGACAGUUAAUUUAAUGUUAAUUGCUCUACCAUAAGCUGCCUCCAAUAUCAAUUUAGAGAAUUUGGCAGUAUAUCCAACAGGCCUCAAAACAGCAGACCACGUGUAACCAUGCACAGCCCAGGACCUCCAUAUCAGGCUGCUUCACUUGUGGAAGGAGUAUUUGUCUGUAAUAAAGCCCUUUGUGGGGAAAAAACUCAUUCUGAUUGGCUGGGCCUGGCUGCCAAGUGAGUGGGCCUAUACCCUACCAGGCACACCUUUGGCUGCACCGUUCCCAGUCAUGUGAAAUCCAUAGAUUAGAGCCUAAUGAUUUUAUUUAAAUUGACUGAUUUCCUUACAUGAACUGUUACUCAGUAAAAUCUUUGAAAUUAUUGCGUUUAUAUUUUUGUUCAGUAUAGUUUCCUGUGUUAGUAAAUUAUAACAUUUUAUUUUUGUUAGUUAAAACAGUACUUAAAUUAUGUAGGUAGCUAUGUAGCAUGAAGAUCCAACGUUGAAUCACGUAGAAUUCUACAUCAGCGAGAAAUUAUCGUUUGGGUCAGGAAAGUUUCCUCUCAUUACCUCUACAAGCAAGAAUGCUGAAUAAAAUAAUACUUUACCGGUUGUCCGUGAGGCUGGUCAUUUUGCAGACAAUAUAUCCACAGAAAAGUAUAAUUACGUCAACUUUUCAAAGCUCUGUGCGUUCAGAUUUAUAUCACCCGAAGCAUGUGCACAAUAUGAAAAUAUACAAACGUAUGCAUACUUAACGAGCUGGUGCAAGUGUUUACAUGGUUCUGCUCAUGCUUCAGGUGAGAGAUCAACACACUAUAAACGUUUUGAAAAGUUGAUGUAAAUUUACUUGUCUGUGGAUAUAUAGUCUCACCUUUCUACCUGCAAAAGGACAAACUGCGUAAAAACUGCUUAAGUACGUAAAAAAAAUGUUAUUCAACAGUCUCUUAUGAGAAGACAUUUCCAAACAUUUGUAAAUUAUAGCAUUAAUCUCAGACUGAAACAGAGCAGAGGUACCAGUCUGAUUGUCAGGAAAGUAGCAAUGUAGCUAGCUAACACAAAAGUAUAAAGUUCCAGUCUGGUAAAUUAGCUACAGUGCGAGGGAACAUGUACAAUUCUACAUUAUCUAGCCAU